GGCAAAAGUGCCCGCUUGUUCUAGAGAGCGUUCCGCGAGAUAGCAACGCUAAUCCAUAUUACCAGUGCGCUAGUUUGUGGAAACAUGUUUAAAAACACCUUCCAGUCGGGUUUUCUCUCGAUACUGUACAGUAUAGGUAGCAAACCGCUCCAAAUCUGGGAUAAGAAGGUUCGCAAUGGGCACAUCAAGCGCAUCACCGAUCAGGACAUCCAAUCGUUGGUGCUGGAAAUCAUCGGAACGAACGUUAGCACCACGUACAUAACCUGCCCGGCCGAUCCGAAAAAGACGCUCGGCAUUAAGCUUCCGUUUCUGGUGAUGAUUAUAAAAAAUCUAAAGAAAUACUUCACAUUCGAAGUGCAGGUAUUGGAUGAUAAAAAUGUCCGUCGUCGGUUUCGGGCCAGCAACUAUCAGUCGACGACCCGCGUAAAACCCUUCAUCUGUACCAUGCCGAUGAGGUUGGACGAGGGAUGGAAUCAGAUCCAGUUCAAUCUGUCCGACUUCACGCGGCGUGCCUACGGUACCAACUACGUGGAAACGUUGCGUGUACAAAUCCAUGCCAACUGUCGAAUACGGCGCGUAUACUUCUCCGAUCGACUGUACUCCGAGGACGAACUGCCGGCAGAAUUCAAACUGUUCCUGCCAAUCCAAAAACCGCAGUCAAAAGCAAUCGCCCAGCAGCAAGCUUGCUGAACUGAACAGUGCUAGGAUACGGGGCUAGCGUUUUACGCACAAGACUUGAGCGCAUUUUCUUACCUGUAGGAUUAUAAUGUUAAGUUAGUCGAAAUGUCGUAUGCUUCGUUCAACACAUCGGUCAUUUUUUGCAGCUUAAAAUAGUGUUUAAUCCGACCCACGCGUAAGGCUUUUGACAAAAUGGAAAAUGAUUCAAAAGUGUCCUUAACAAAAAAAAAACGAUAAUAAUACACGAAAUGGCGCAUACAGAUAGGCUUAGAUAAGUACAGGAGUGA